AUGGGUCGUAUGCAUUCAUCUGGUAAAGGUAUCUCCUCCUCCGCUCUUCCAUACUCAAGAAACGCUCCAGCUUGGUUUAAAUUAUCAUCUGACGAAGUUGUUGAACAAGUCAUCAAAUACGCCAGAAAAGGUUUAACUCCAUCCCAAAUUGGUGUUAUUUUAAGAGAUGCUCAUGGUGUUUCCCAAGCUAAAGUUGUCUCCGGUAACAAGAUUUUAAGAAUCUUAAAGUCUAACGGUUUAGCUCCAGAAAUUCCAGAAGAUUUAUACUAUUUAAUUAAAAAAGCUGUCUCUGUUAGAAAACAUUUAGAAAGAAACAGAAAAGAUAAAGAUUCUAAAUUCAGAUUAAUUUUAAUCGAAUCAAGAAUCCACAGAUUAGCUAGAUACUACAGAACCGUCUCCGUUUUACCACCAAAUUGGAAAUACGAAUCUGCUACUGCUUCUGCUUUAGUUAACUAG